AUGGAGUUUGUGAGGGCAAGAAUUCAAAGAGUUAGCUCUCCUUCUUGCCUUCCCAAAUCCGUCGGGUUUCUCCUUCUCGAUCGCCAUGUCCUCCUCCCUCCUCCUCCUCCUUUCUCUCUUCUUCCCUUCCUCCCUCCCGGCAUCCUCCCCGACACCGUCAAGUCUUUCUCUGUCGCUUCCAACUGCUACUUCGUCAUCGAUCUCUACGGAGAGUGCUACGUCGACUUUGAGUACGUCGUCUACUACGCCCCGCGCGUGUCUGGCUUCCUCGGCUACGACUCCGUCUCCAACCUCAAGGGUGUCCAGAUCCGGAGCUAUCUCAUCUGGUACGACAUCAGCUACAUCAAGGUCGACCUCCCCUACUCCGAUUUCGUCUACAUCCAGUUCGGCUAG